AUGGGUAAAGGUACACCAUCAUUGGGUAAAAGACACAACAAGUCACACACUUUAUGUAACAGAUGUGGUCGUCGUUCAUUCCACGUCCAAAAGAAGACUUGUUCAUCAUGCGGUUACCCAGCUGCCAAGAUGAGAUCUCACAACUGGGCUUUGAAAGCUAAGAGAAGAAGAACUACCGGUACCGGUAGAAUGGCCUACUUGAAGCACGUUUCUAGAAGAUUCAAGAACGGUUUCCAAACCGGUGUUGCUAAGCCACAAACUGCUGAAAACUAA